AUGGCGUCGCUCCUGCACGACAUCCAGCUUGAUGAGGCCUCCUACGUGGACCUACUGCGCAAGAUCAUCGGUGUAUCCGAGAAGAUGCAAAAUGCGCCGAGUCUGGGGCUUAUCCCUCAGGUGAAUCUCGUGUCCGAUAUUGUGCUAGCCGAGCUCCAGCCCUACAACAAAACGAACGGUGGAUAUCUGACCGUCGAGCGCGUGGAGUUUGUGGCUGGUCGUGGCAAUGCUUAUCAGCACCCGGAUUUUGCUCACAGCGAGAGGACGGUGGCGUUCGUAGGCUCCCACAUGGACGUGGUGCCUUCCAACCCCGAGGGCUGGGAGAGAGACCCCUUCACGCUUACAGUGGAAGGUGACAAUCUGUACGGACGUGGUACAACGGACUGUUUGGGCCAUGUAGCACUCAUGACGGAGUUGUUUAAGGGACUGUCCCAGAAGAAAGUCAGUAUCGAGACUAAGGUGGUCUGUGUACUCAUCGCUUCCGAGGAGAACUCGAAGAUUCCGGGGGCCACUGGGAAGCUGUUUCACAGCGGUCUACCCAAUUUGGGUAUUAAUGGCAUUGAACUGGGCAUGGAUGCGCUGACCAAAAUCCAGGAACGGUUCUACAAGGACUUUGGUCCUUUACCUCAAGAAAAAGAGUACAAUUACUCGUGUCCAUCGACUAUGAAGCCGACAAAAAUUGAGUCCUCCACCAACGGACUGAACCAAAUUCCGCCAUGGGUGAAGAUCACAGGCGGCUUAAUUGCCAAGUUGCACUCGUAUGUCGACGACCUGAACGCCAACAUCACGUCACUGGAGGGAAAACGGGGUCCUGUGUCCAAAUAUACGCUACCAGAAGAGAGUUGGAGCGGCAAACUGGAGCUGACAUUCGCGAAACAUUACUUAGAGGGAAUCGCAUGCUCGCUCGAAUCUGUCGGCUACAAGCACGCGCCAUCAUUUCUACACCACAAUCUUUGCACUACAGAUUUUAACAUGCGUAUCCUCCACUUUAAGGUCGUUGCAUGCUGCUAUCGCCGAUGUGCUAGGCGAGGCUAA